UAGAAGGAACCAGUAAGAAUGCUGAAGUCAACGAAACCAUAAAUAUGAUGAGCUUGCAGUAAAGGAGCAUUACAGUUGCCUUCAGGAAUAACAGAGUGAUGCCAUGGCAGAUGCAAUAAAUGCCAGCAUGAGACAGUCAAGUUUAAAAUCCCUACAGAAUUACUGUACAAAUAUUGCUGUGGUAUUAAGGCUGUGGUUCAAUAUCAAGAUUCUGUCCGUACAACUCAUUUAAACGGGACACUAGGGCUUUAAAUGGCUCCUUGAACCCUCGGGCACCCAGUUAAUAAACACCCACGUCAGCACAGUGCUCCAGUCGCUUUAACCGGGUUUCGGUCUUUAGGGCUGAGCAGGAAGUGCCUGACUGUGGACCCUGGACGAGAAAAAAAAAACAGAGCAAAGAAAAAAAAAGGCAAAAUAAAUUAAAAAUGGAUAUGGUGGCUGACUUGGGGGCGAAUAGACUCUAUCGGGCGCCGGGUGAAUCGAGUCACCAGUGAGUAUCGAUGGAUUUUGUCAGUGGUAUCACGGCGUGGGGCGUAAGCGGGUCCUGCCGACACCUCACGCCUGGGAAAGAGUCGCUGGGUUUGGGCAGCAGGCAAAUCCUCCCCGCUGCUCGCUCGCGCUCCGGACCUCCGGCGAGAAGUGGGGGUGGUCUUGAGGAUGAAAACGGGCGUGUGAGCGCCUCUUCUCCCCGGCGCGAUACACUGUUGCGAAUAUGUCUAUUUAUCAGCUCGCAGCGUGCUCAGUUGCUGGAGGUUUGUGUCUAUUUUUCCAUUGUGUGCUGGCUGGAGCCUGAAGUGGGCGUCGCUCCAGGACAGACUGGGCUGCUCUGGUGCGCCGCUGCCCGCUUUCCUCUCGCAGGACUGCAGCACUCUCCGUGCCGUUUUUGUAGGUCGUGUGUAAUGUCUGAAUUAACGCGGACUAGCUCGGGCAAGAUGUUGCACUUUUGGUUUUCUCGUGACAUGAGGAGCGCAGAAGAGUGUUGCGGGCGGGGGUUGUCGGGCGCCGUGGAGCCGGUCAGCAAGCAUCACGUAAUUAAAAAUGACUGCGUGUAAUUCAGCCUACAUGGGGAUGGUAAAUAGGGUACUAUAGAAGGAAGAGAACUAUUCUGCAAAGGAGGUUGCGGCAAUUUCUUUUUCCCCUUCGGAUGACAUGUCCGGGCAGCCUCAGAGGUGGUUCAACGCCGCUGACAUCACGGUGGCUCACCAAAGCAACCUGCUGAAGCAGCUCAACCAGCAGCGCCGCCAGGAGCUCUUCUGUGACUGCAGCGUGUUGGUGGAGGGCCAGCUCUUCAGGGCCCACCGCAACGUCUUGUUCGCCAGCAGCGGCUACUUCCGCAUGCUGCUGUCCCAGGGGCCAGACGGGCUGUCCGACUCUGUCAGCGCCACCUUCGACGUCUUCAGCCCCGAGACCUUCACCGUUAUUCUGGAUUUCAUCUACUCUGGCCAGCUGGACCUCUCCAGUCACAAUGUGAUCGAGGUGAUGUCUGCAGCCAGCUACUUGCAGAUGAACAAUGUCAUCAACUACUGCAAGAACUUCAUCAAAUCCUCCUUGGACAUCAGCGUGAAAGACGAAGACAGCGAGCGCUGCAUCAGCUUGUCUGAGACUUGCAGUUUCACCAGUGUAGCAGGAGAUGAGACCUCAGAGCAGCAGCAGCAAGGCCCCAGCUCUGUGAGCCCACCACCAGCACUUUGGACCCGGGACAACUCCAGAUCCCAGUCUGGGUUUAUAGGCAAGGACUCUGAGCAGGAGGCAUCAGCCUCAGCCCUAACAACUAACCCAAGUAGCCCUAGUGAUCCCAACGCAGAGGCGGAUGACCUGCAGGACCCUCAUGACCCGCUGUAUACCCUGCCUGGAUCAGAGCGCCGGAGAAGUAAAGGGGGAACCAAGAGGAAAGCACCCAACAGUGCUCGCUCCAACCAGCAUGAAGACCUAGACAUCCAGGAGGCGAGGACACAGAAGGCUGAAAAGGCAGAGGAGCUGUAUGCUACUCUGCCACCUAUUGUGGGUGUUAUUGGACACUUUAACAAAGAUUCCAACCCUAUCAUGCGCUUCAAAUGCCCCUUUUGUACACACACGGUGAAGAGGAAGGCGGACCUGAAGCGCCACUUGCGCUGUCACACUGGGGAGAGGCCGUACCCCUGCCAAGCCUGCAAUAAACGCUUCACUCGCCUGGAGCAUCUUCGUAGCCAUUUUGAGACGAUCCAUCAAGCCAGGAAGCUGGUGUGCAGGAGGUGUAAGUGUCAGGUGACAGAGGAUACCGGGCAUGUGGUGUGUGAGGGCACACGACGCUACCGCAUGUGCACUGCGUGCAUCCAGGAAGUGGGUUGUGAUGACAUCCCCAUGGACAGCCUAGAGGGGACCAAUGAUGAGCCGGCCCUGUUGUUGGGGGUGGAUGGGGAGGAGGAGGGGGACACCAAGAGGAGCUGGAUGGUAACUGAUGACGACGACCUGGCUGAAGACUCGGGGGCCGACCUCAUCAUCCAACAAGUGGACGACAGCGAGGAAGAGCUGCAGUGAAAUUGAACCAAAGUGUGUGUGUGUGUGUGUGUGUGUGUGUGUGCGUGUGUGUGUGUGUGUGUUUGUGCGCAAAAGCCAUGCAAGAGAAUUUAUGCAUUCAAUAUGUGACCCACUCAUGUAAAUACACACAUUUAUGAUAUAUUAGUUGUCUAUUAGUUCAAUGCAACUGUUUAAUCUUUACUUUCCAUGAGAUUGUUGACCUUUGUGACAAAGUGGAAUGCUUUUUGUCAAGCUUCUUAAAGAUAUGCAGUAUCCAAAGCAUGCAUAUUCAGUGUUUCCUUUGCUCUAAGUAUAAUAAUUAUAUGAUAGCUCUUUCAAAGAUAUUUUUUACAUAUGCAUGGAAGACAAGCUUUGCCAUUCUUUUGGACUCUCUGCUUUGAUAAAAGCUGGCAUCUGAGCAACACAAAAUGACAAGGACAAAAUAAUGACUCUGCUACUUCCCCACUCCCUGUGGGGAAAGUCAAGAGCAGACGCUUUUUGUUCCAGUGUUCCACAGUUGCAGUGCUUUUCAUGAUUACAUUUCAUAAUGAUAUGCACUAUGAUAUAAAGCCAAUUAUAAUUUAUUUGUUUGUUUUUUUACUUUUUGACACAUUAAAGAUAUUUUUUAUACA